GCAACUAUGAUCUUCAACGUCUUCGAUUCCUCAUGGUACACAUAGCCCGCCACUUUUCACCACGGCUUCUCCCUCGAUAGCACUGACAAACAUGGCCGACUCGGCCGAAGAACCUUUGAUGCGGCAUGAGGUUGGUCUUGAAGAGGAGCCAAGUCAAGAUGUAGAUCUCAGCGAUGUCUCUCUCUUGCUCGAAAAGAACUUGAGGCAUCCAGGUUACUUCGUCUGGUUGUUGACUCUGUCGGCUGGUAUAAGCGGGCUUUUGUUUGGAUAUGAUACUGGCGUUAUCUCAGCAACAUUGGUUUCGAUCAAUAGCUCCCUCGGUCACCAGUUGACUACUCUCGACAAAUCCCUCAUAACUUCUGCAACAGCAUUAUUCGCCCUCUUCGUGUCGCCAAUCUCGGGAGUUUUGGCAGAUACAUUGGGCCGAAAACGGGUUCUGCUGCUGGCCGAUUUGGCUUUCAUUCUUGGAGCUGUUAUGCAGGCUAUCACGUCCUCGGUGCCAGGAAUGAUAAUUGGUCGAUCUAUUGUUGGUCUUGCAGUUGGAGCGGGGAGUUUUGUAACCCCUCUGUAUAUUGCUGAGCUUGCGCCGGCGAAGUUUCGAGGGAGGCUGAUUACUCUAAACGUUUUAUUCAUCACGCUUGGACAAGUGGUCGCAUAUGUGGUUGGGUGGGCUUUCACACAAUGGGGAAAUGAGAAUACUGGAUGGAGAUGGAUGGUAGGACUUGGUGCUGUGCCUGCUGCAAUCCAAUGCAUGGUUAUGCUUGUGAUGCCAGAAACACCAAGGUGGUUGGUUAUGGUAGAUCGGACACACGAAGCUAGGAAUGUACUCAGUAAGGUGUAUGGGGGUGGUAGAGAUAUCCAGGGUAUGGUCGAUGUUGUUCUGAAGAACAUUGAGAGCGAGGUUCGAGAAGAGGAGGAAGCAAAGAGGGGACGAAUGCGGGGUCAAACGAAGAAAGAGCAAAAUGCUUGGUUCGCAGGAUCGAAGGACGUGUGGGGAGAGUUGUUUAGGAGUCCUGGGAAUAGGAGAGCAUUGACUAUUGCCUGCCUGUUACAGGGGCUUCAGCAGCUCUGUGGCUUCAAUUCAUUGAUGUACUUCUCGGCCACGAUUUUUACCCUUAUUGGCUUUGCGAGUCCGACUUUGACGUCUUUGUCUGUGGCUUUCACGAACUUCAUUCUCACUUGUGUAGCAUUGCUGCUUAUUGACCGUAUCGGACGAAGACGUAUCCUGCUAUACUCAAUUCCCAUCAUGGCCUUCGGACUUCUUCUCUGCAGUGCAGGCUUUGUUUUCAUCAUAUUGCCAACCGACCUCAUAGCAGACAAUCCGUCAUCCUCAGCAUCAGCACACGAAUCUGUGCCUCUUUCUGAACGUACCGCCCCUCUUCUAGUCCUUGCUAGUGUUAUGCUCUACGUUGGCGCAUAUGCUCUGGGCUUAGGCAAUGUACCAUGGAUGCAAAGCGAACUCUUCCCCCUCAAUGUCAGAUCUCUCGGCUCAGGGAUAAGUACGAGUACAAAUUGGGGAGCAAAUUUUGUUGUUGGUUUGACCUUCUUGCCAAUGAUGGAGUUCUUGACCCCAGCUUGGACUUUCGUAAUCUAUGCAGUAGUCUGUGUAGGAGGGUGGAUUUGUAUAUACUGUAUAUAUCCCGAGACGAAAGGUCUAAGUCUGGAGGAAACAGGUGCAAUGCUUGCAAAUGGUUGGGGCGUGAGGGAAAGCUUAAGGAGAUCUGAGGCAUAGAUAUUAGCAUAAGUAAAUGAUAACCUCGAUUUUCUCUGCGGACACCUCAAAUCUGGGACAUUAUGACUUGCUGAAGUGUUCAGGACAAUACGUUAUGGACAGACAUUCCAAGCUCAUUGUGAGAUCUUAACCAGUUCGCUUGGCGUGUACUUGAUUGGCUCAACUUAGAACACAUAAAUGUAAGCAUUUCUGUACAGACACCCUUUUUCAAAUACUGAUGAAGCUGAGCAUUGUCGCUGGAGGUUGACUGGAGGUCUUUGACUAUGUCUUGGAGAUGUGGAGUCUGACGUAUAUCAAAGCAGAACGAGAGCUGUCCAUUGUAGGAUUUGUACGAUCUAAUCCUUCUCUGUACGAUGAUAGCAGCUCUCCAGGGAGCAACCUUUCAAUGAUGUCUUGACUUGGGACAGAGACUUCUUGAGAAUAAUUGCUAUCUGGCAUGUGUG